AUGAGAACGGAAAUGGUCAAGGACAAGACGAGAAACCGUUUGAUGGACUGUUAUAUCCGAGGCGCUUCCACCUACGCAAUCAUCGUCAAACUCAAGCAUUUCUCUUCUUCGGACUGCCCUUCAACUUCUGAUGACCUGGUGCCACUGGUUGUGUACUCGAUGAACAAGAAGAAGAGAUGGGAGAUCGGAGCCGAUUCGAUUGAGUUCACAGCCUUGGAAGACGACAAACUCAAAGUGAUUUUGUUCGAGAGAGAACUCAAAGAACUCUUUUAUACUUGGUGUAAGUACCUAUUCUUCUGAUCACCAAACAUUGAUGCGUAUUGCAGGUAGUCUGGAGUACAAUCACUUUGAAAACUCGUACUACAACUCCAGAGCGCUUGACGGAAACUUGAUGGAAAAGGCGAAGAAGGAGGAGAAAGUGCUCGGAUACCAUGUGAUCAGAGUGCCGAAGCACUUCAAGAAGGUGUUCGAUAAAAAGUGUGUCCGAUACAUUGGACUGCGAUAUCCGGACUUUCUCGGGUACGACACCUCGGACAAUCUGACGCCGUUGGAGUACGAAUUGCGAGAGAAUGGGGAGUUUGACGAGCAAGAAGACGAUAAAGAGGAGUUCGAGGGUUUUGAGGAAACCAAGGCAGAUAUUGUCCCGCCAAAGUAUUACAAGUUGGAAGAUCACGUGGUGUCCAAGAGGCCACGAAGAUUGCGAGGAUGGCAAAUGGUUUAA